AUGCAAAACCAUAGGAAUUUGAAGACUAGCCAUGAUUUGUUAGUAGCAAAAAGUGAUGAGCUGAAUCUCCAGCUUAAAGAGGAGCGGUUAGAGUGCCUUCGUCUUAAAAAAGAAUUGCAGUCAGUGACUAUUACCAAGCAAAGGACAGAGGAGUUACAGGAAAGAAUAAAUGAUCUAGAGCAAGAGAAGGAACUCUUGAAGGAAAGCUAUGACAAGCUAUCAAACAGUGUCUUCAGUGUGACCCGUGAACAGGAGUGGAAAUUAAAGGAAGAGCAACUGAAACUGCGAAUUGCUGAACUAGAGACUGCUAUCAAGUCUAGUUUAGCAGAGAAAGACGAACUAGAGACUGCUAUCAAGGCUAGUUUAGCAGAGAAAGACAAACUAGAGACUGCUAUCAAGUCUAGUUUAGCAGAGAAAGACAAACUAGAGACUGCUAUCAAGUCUAGUUUAGCAGAGAAAGAUGAAAUCCUUGACAAACUCAAAGUAGAAACAGACCAAAAGGAAAGGCUGAUGCAAGAGAACAAAGACCUGCAGUCACGCUACCUGGAAAAUAAGCAAGAGCUAGAUGAACUGAAAAAUCGCAUGAAUUGUUUGACCAAGGAAUGUGAUGUUGAUGUUGAUGCGUCAGAAGUCAAUGAAGCUCUCUCGCUCAUAAAGGUUCGAAAGCAGCAGCAGAAUGGGGACCUUUUAUGUUUGGAAAAAGAAGGUGAUGAUAGCCCUGAAGCUUUGGAACAUUCCAUGGAGAAGCUGCAAUUAAUACAUGUGGAAGCAGUGCACGAACUUGAAAAGACAAGGAAUAUGUAUGUACAGCAUAAGAUUAACAAAGGUUACCAGACUGAAUUUGAGGCAAUGUCACAGAAGAUGGAAAAUCUAAAGAAAGGCUAUGAGUUAAAAAUAGAAAAGUAUGUUCAUCUUCUUGAUAUUAGGGCUGAAUGCAUCAGAAAACUUGAAGCCCAACUGAGAGAUGUUGUCUAUGAUACUAAACAGUACAAAUCCAGACCAGAAAUACUGCCAGGCAAUCCAGUCAAUAAAUUUGAUGCAACUCUACAUUUAGAAAGAGGAGAGGGCCUUUUUGAAAUUCACAUCAGCAGAGUGAUCUUCUCUUCUGCAGCUGUGCAUGCUUUUGGUGACCAUGAACCUGCAACUUUUUGUUCUUUUGCGUUUUAUGACUUCGAACUUCAAACAACUCCUGUUUUGCAUGGAAAUACCCAGUCAUAUGACUUUACUUCUCAGUAUCUUGUAGAGAUUGAUGACUGCUUCUUGCACUACAUAAAGAGUAACAGUGUCACUCUUGAGGUUCAUCAUGCAUAUGGCACAGAUCAUGAAGUAGUUGCAGCAUGCCAGGUGGCACUCCAUGAAACUCUGGAACAGAAUGGGAGGAUCUACAGCACGGAAGAUUUAGUUGGAGUGAAUGGAAACAUCGAAGAUUUUGGUACUUUGGAAUACUGGAUCCGGUUACGAGCUCCUAUGGAUCGAUCCAUUGGUCUUUACAAAGAGAAGUCUAAAGCUCGAGGGUAUAUAACACCCAAUUUGAGGGAACACGAAUCAUCAUUCCAGCAGCCAAUUCCCAGAACUGCCCAAGUCAGCACUUCAACAGAUGGCGAUUUAAAUGAACUCCUUGUUACAAUAAAAUGUUGUAACCGUCUGCAGUCCCAAAAGAAACAUCUUCAGCCAAAUUCGUAUGUUGUUUACAAGUUUUUCGAUUUUGCAUACCAUGAUACUCGCAUCAUUCCUAGCAGCAGCAACCCAGAAAUAGAUGACUAUAUGUGUUUCCAAAUGCCGAUGACUGCAGAGUUAGACCAAUACUUGAAAUGGGAAUCCUUAACAUUUUACGUAUUUGAUGAUACUGAAAUGGAAGAAGAUGGCUAUUUAGGGAAAGCCAACGUGCCUCUUAUUCCCUUAGCAUCUAACAGAUCUAUCUCAGGUACAUUUGAAAUAACAGAUUCUGAAAGAAGAGUUACAGGUGCUAUCAGAGUUGUGUUAAAGUGGAAGUUUGCCUACCUACCACCAAGUGGAGCCGCAGCGGCUUUAGACUCGGAGAAUUACAUUCAAAAUAAGAAAUCAGUGGCACCUAAAUUACUUUCAGAACAGGAAACGCAACCUCCAACCUUCUCUCCUUCUUUAACUUCAUUAGUGACAGUCCCCAUACCGAAACCAAGACGCCGUACAGCUCCAACAGACAAGAAAGUGUCAUUUGUGAAUGCCAGUUCAGUACAGGUGACAGUUAAACAAGAAAGUCUAGCAGAUGUUAAGGUGAAGGAGACUGAUGAAGAACUUCAACAGGAGAAAGAAGACGACCACUCAUGUUUGCCAGAAGAGCAGCUAUCUGGCCAAGGCUCAGUUACCUCUGGAAAUGAGAUAGAAAUAACUGAAGAACUGGAAUCAGAAGGUAGGAAUAAGUGGCUAUGUAUUUCUUUAAUAAAUCUGUCUCUUACAUUUUCUUUUUUUCCUCUCAUUUCUUACUAGCAGUGGGAGCUGCCUCAUUAUGAGAAGGUUCAUGACAGAAAUGAUAUUCUGGUGUACUUUUUAG